CACACAUUUCUGAUCACCUCUUCUUCUUCUUCUUCUUCUUUUUCCACUAUUUGGAGUCUUGGACACCAUCAUGGUGAUAGGCAUGGCUGUGGGUAAGAAGGAGAAACUAGUUGUGGCCAUGGCCUAUACAUUCCUUGUUGUGUCAGCUGGUGCAAGUCGUCUUAUAGUAGGAAAAGGAGGAGAAGAAGCAGAUAGAAUAAGUAAACUUCCAGGACAACCCAAAGUCUCAUUUCAGCAGUACUCUGGGUAUGUCACUGUUAAUCAAACCGCCGGCAGAGCUCUCUUCUAUUGGCUCACUGAAGCUGUUCAGCCUGAGUCCAAACCUUUCGUCAUUUGGUUCAAUGGAGGGCCUGGCUGUUCUUCAAUUGCUUAUGGAGCUUCAGAGGAGGUAGGCCCAUUCAGGAUCAAGAAGAAUGGAACUGGUUUGUACCUCAAUAAGUACUCAUGGAAUACAGUAGCCAAUGUACUCUUCCUUGAAAGUCCGGCCGGCGUCGGCUUCUCUUACACCAACACAUCUUCAGAUCUUGAGACCUCAGGCGAUACGCGCACUGCAAAGGAUGCACUGGAAUUCAUUAUCCGAUGGUUAGACCGGUUUCCACACUACAAACAGAAAGAGAUUUAUUUGACAGGAGAGAGCUAUGCUGGGCAUUACGUCCCUCAAUUGGCUAAGGAGAUUAUGACAUAUAAUUCAAGGUCUAAGAAUCCUAUAAAUCUAAAAGGGAUAAUGGUUGGGAAUGCAGUUAUAGACCACUACUAUGAUAGUCUUGGCACAAUAGACUUUUAUUGGAGUCAUGCCAUGAUCUCUGAUGAAACACAUAAGGAGACACUCAGCAAAUGUGAUUUCCAUAACGUAACGGCAUCGAGUGAGUGUAAAGCAAUACUUGAUUAUGUCGAUGAGAUUUUGGAAGGCAUUGAUCUCUACAGCAUAUAUACACCUAAAUGCAGCAAUUCAGAUGGCACCCGAAGGAUACAGCAUUUUCGUCGUCGAUCCCUUUCAUUGAUUUCAGGGCAGAUGAUUUCAGGAUAUGAUCCUUGUUCAGAACAAUAUUCUAAGAUUUAUUACAACAGACCUGAUGUGCAGAAAGCCCUCCAUGCCAACACAACUAAUAUUCCAUAUAAUUGGACUACUUGCAGUCGUCGUGGGAAGUGGAUUGAUUCAUCUUUUUCAAUUCUGCCAAUCUACAAAGAGAUGAUUGCUGGUGGUUUGAGAAUUUGGGUGCUCAGUGGCGACGCGGAUGCUGUGGUACCGGUUACAGCAACCAAGUACUCCCUUGCUCAGCUUAAGUUGAAAACCAAAAUUCCAUGGUAUCCAUGGUAUGUGAAGGAAAAAGAGGUGGGAGGAUGGACAGAGGUAUAUGAAGGGCUAACCUUUGCAACAGUGAGGGGGGCAGGUCAUGAAGUGCCAGUUUUGAAACCCAAAUCAUCUCUUCAACUAUUGAAAUCAUUUUUAAGUGGGACACCUUUACCCAAAUGAUCAUAGGAGACCUUCUUUGGGAGGAGACAAUGUUCUUCAAUAUUUCGUUUAAUCCAUUCUUUAACAAAGAAGAAUAUAAUUUAUUAAAGGGGGGGGGG